AUGUGCCCCAAUAACACCGACAUACUCCAGUAUCUCUUUGGAAAUGAUAUAGACACCAUGUCUCCUUACGCGACAGUCUUCGCCUAUUUUGGUCUAUAUUUCCUCUUUAUGCUGGUCUUCUUCAUCUUACUUUGCAUCAUCUGCGUGUUAGUACUGCUGUGGUACCACCGGAAGCGAGGCUUGGACUGUGAACUUCCAGAAGAUACACCCAUCAAACGAUAUACAGACCAACCAUCAUCUUCUAGAGCUACAAAUUCUCUU